CUGGCCGAUACAGGCAGCUUCGUCAAUGUCCUGGAAAGUAUGCCCAAGGGCGAGGCCUUCAACGUGGGGCAGAUGUACUACCAGUUCGGCCAGGCCAUCCGGUCGGGGCAGGACUGCCAGCCCGACUUCGCCACGGCGGUAAACCUGCACCAUCUGGUAGACGCCAUCAGGCAGGCCUCUGACGAGGGCAGGGAAGUGGCGAUAGGGUAG